AUCAGGGUUUCAUACUAAUUUCCUCUCUUCCCACGCCGCACCACCUCCCUCUCUCUCUCUCUGUGUCUUAAACCCUCUGGAAUAUCUUGAGGGCGAGCAGAGAAAAAGAAGAGUGGGAAGUAAAUGGGAGAUGCCAGGAACGACGUCGCAGGGGAGCGGAAGGCCCAGAAGCUUCCGAUCGAAGGCAAGCGGAACAUCCUCAUCACCAGCGCCUUGCCUUACGUCAACAACGUCCCACAUCUCGGCAACAUCAUCGGCUGUGUGCUGAGUGCUGAUGUGUUUGCUCGGUACUGCCGGCUUCGGGGCUACAAUGCGAUAUACAUGUGUGGAACAGAUGAGUACGGAACGGCCACAGAAACCAAGGCCAUGGAAGAGAAUUGCACGCCUAAAGAGAUUUGCGACAAAUACCAUGCGAUUCAUAAGGAAGUCUAUGAUUGGUUCAAUAUAAGUUUUGAUAACUUUGGACGUACGUCAACCCCACAGCAGACUGAAGUUUGCCAAGCAAUUUUUAAGAAACUGUUGGAGAAUAAUUGGCUUACUGAGAACACAAUGCAGCAACUUUACUGUGAUACAUGCAAAAGGUUCUUAGCUGACCGGCUUGUGGAGGGUAUUUGCCCAAAUGAGGGGUGUGAUUACAAGUCUGCACGAGGUGAUCAAUGUGAAAAGUGCAGUAGGCUUUUGAAUCCAACAGAAUUGAAAGAUCCUAGGUGCAAGGUCUGUCAGAAAACACCACGCAUUCGUGAUACAAAUCACUUGUUUCUUGAACUACCUUUGCUGAAGGACAAAUUGGAGGAAUACAUCAACAAAAUGUCUGUGGCUGGAUCUUGGAGCCAGAAUGCUAUUCAUGCAACAUAUGCAUGGCUUAAAGAAGGGCUGAAAUCACGAUGUAUUACCAGGGACCUGAAGUGGGGAGUUCCAGUUCCACAUGAGAAUUUUAGUGACAAGGUUUUCUAUGUCUGGUUUGAUGCCCCUAUAGGAUAUGUCUCCAUCACUUCUUGCUACACACCUGAGUGGGAGAAAUGGUGGAAGAAUCCUGAAAAUGUGGAGCUGUAUCAGUUUAUGGGCAAGGAUAAUGUGCCGUUCCACACUGUGAUGUUUCCAUCUACGCUUCUUGGAACUGGUGAAAACUGGACUUUAAUGAAGACCAUCAGUGUCACUGAAUACUUGAACUAUGAAGCAGGAAAGUUUUCUAAGAGUAAAGGUAUUGGAGUUUUUGGCAAUGAUGCAAAAGAUACAAACAUUCCUGUGGAAGUAUGGAGAUAUUACUUGCUAAAUAAUAGGCCUGAGGUAUCGGACACAUUAUUUACGUGGACUGAUUUGCAAGCAAAAUUAAACAGCGAGUUGCUAAGUAACUUGGGCAACUUUAUAAAUCGAGUUUUGAGUUUCAUUGCUAAACCUCCAGGUCAAGGAUAUGGUUCCAUUAUUCCUGAGCCUUCAGAUGCUGACCCAGAUCCGUUGAAACAUGAACCAACAAAGAAAUUGGUUGGUAGCAUUGUUGAGUAUGUGGAGCAAUAUGUAGAAGCCAUGGAAAAGGUUAAACUAAAGCAAGGACUGAAAACUGCAAUGAGCAUUUCUGGUGAGGGGAAUGCAUAUCUGCAAGAAAGCCAAUUCUGGAAACUUUACAAGGAAGACCAACCUUCCUGUUCUCUCGUUAUAAGAACUUCGGCAGGGCUCGUAUAUCUACUUGCAUGUUUGCUAGAACCUUUUAUGCCUUCUUUCUCUCUUGAGGUUCUUAAGCAGCUCAAUUUGCCUCCUGAAGUUCCAUUUUCACUUGAAAAAGGAGAUAUUGAUAGGGCAAGCAGACCUUGGGAGAUCCUGCCAGCUGGUCAUAAAAUUGGGACACCAGAGCCACUGUUCAAAGAAUUGAAAGAUGAAGAAGUAGAAUUUUUCAGAGAGAAGUUUGCAGGAAGUCAAGCUGAUAGGAUCGUAAGGGCAGAAGCGGAAGCAGAGAAGAUUGCAGAGCAACUGAAGAAAACAAAAGUUUCAGUAAGGGCAUUAUUUGUAACAGAUAGCAGUGGCAAAAGGCAACGGCCUACGAAAUCUGCAAAUGAAGCCAAAUCUAAGGCCACUGCUGAGCCAGAAAUUUCUGUUACAAGACUUGACAUCCGCGUUGGCCUUAUUACAAGCGCUAAGAAGCAUCCUGAUGCUGAUUCGCUCUAUGUGGAAGAGAUUGAUGUGGGUGAAGGACAGCCCCGAACCGUUGUUAGUGGACUCGUCAAGUAUAUACCUCUUGAAGAAAUGCAGCAAAGGAAGGUGUGCGUUCUUUGCAACCUGAAGCCAGCAACCAUGCGGGGUAUAAAGUCACAAGCAAUGGUUCUUGCUGCUUCCAGCAGUGAUCAUACCAAGGUUGAAUUAGUUGAGCCACCUCAAUCUGCUCGUGUUGGAGAAAGAGUCACAUUUCCUGGGAUCGAUGGUGAGCCUGAUGAUGUCUUAAACCCUAAAAAGAAGGUCUGGGAAACAGUGCAAGUUGAUCUGAACACUAACUCGGAACUAGUUGCCUGCUACAAAGAUGUUCCAUUCACCACAUCAGCUGGUAUUUGCAGGGUUUCAUCCAUUUCCAGUGGGUCAAUCAGGUAGAGUUAGAGAAAUCUCUUUGUUGCAUUAUUUAAAACAAAGAAAAAUACCCUAGAUUUUGCUUGUAAUUUCUCCUUUUUUUUUUUUUUUUUACCAUUUGUGUUUCGAUAAGUGUAUUGAGUAACUUUUCUUCAUCAUGUUAUAAAAAAACUAGUCCCAAGAAAAUUUGGAAAAGGGAAUCUAAGCAAUUUGAUCCUC